AUGUCUGAGGUCCAUGGAGAAUCUGACCACGCUGGAACGGCCCCGGAGAUGGACUUUCCUCUGGUAUUGGCCCCGCGGCAGGUCACUCUUCGGGAUCGAGUGACUGUGGCGACGCUGGUACCUUUCACUUCGGCGGACGAGGUACCGCGGCCGCUCCUCAAGUAUCUCUCCGAUCAAUUCAACAAAGAGAUUGAAAAGGGAGAUACCUAUGCUAUGACCGAGCCCAUCCCUUUGGCGCAGUUUGGGCGGUAUUGGUUCUCCAGUUUCGGUGUGGUCAUGCUCCUCGGUGAGAUCCAGAGCGCAGAACAGACACAUACAAUGGACCGAGCGGGAGCAAAUUGGACUAAAAUUUGUCUCGGUGGCUUCCACAUACGACCCAAUUACCCUGGUCGUAGUAGCCAUGUUUGCAACGGCACCUUCAUUGUCACAGAUGCCGCUCGAAAUAAGGGUGUAGGUCGUUUGAUGGGUGAAGCUUAUUUGGAAUGGUCUCCACGACUGGGAUACACAUACGCAGUUUUCAAUCUGGUUUACGAGUCCAACGUUGCCUCCUGCCGUCUAUGGGAUUCUCUUGGCUUCAAGCGGAUUGGAAGAGUUCCCGGUGGAGGCAGGCUCAAAUCCCAGCCCGGGGAGUUUGUCGAUGCAAUUAUCUACGGACGAGGCCUCAGCUUGGACGGCGAAGACUCCGUGUCACAGGACCGGUUUGAGAAGAUUCGUUACUAUUUGAAGCACUCGAAGUAUCCCCGGGGUGCUGAUCGAGCUGAAAAGAGUCGACUUCGCAGUGCAGCCACACAUUACAAACUGAUAGAAGGAGAAGAUGGGGAACCGGAGAAGCUGAUGCUCAAGGACAAAGAGGUGGUAUCCGAUCCUCAGCAGCAGUACGACAUUGCGCAGGAGGUUCACCUUAAGCAACACGCCGGAAUCAACAAGACCACUGCUGCCAUUGCGGUCAAGUAUCAUUGGGUGCGAAUCAAGGAAACCGUCAAUCGGGUCAUCCGGGACUGUCCACAGUGCAAGGAAACUCUCAAGGUGCCGCCAGUUCCAGGGAUGAAGGAUGACGACAAGUCCGUUUCAGUCGAGGAGCCAGACAUGGCUGAAGAUCCCAUGGAGCAGCACUCGAACGAGAACGAUGUCUCUCAAACUAUGGAUGAAGCGCCCGACGUGUCUCCUGGUCACAAUCCUUUCAUGAACCCAUCAAUUCCUGCCACCGCCCCUGGGACCGUACAUCCCAUGGCGAACUUCACACCCAUGCCCCUGGACCCUCAGAUCAUGGCACAGCAACAGCUCCGACGCUAUCAACAGCAGCAAAAUGCCAUGAGUGGAGUAUUCCCGCCAGGACCACCCAAUAUGAACUUGACUAGUUUUGACGAUGCGAUGCGCUACCACACAGCCAACAACGCAUAUCAAAUGAUGGUUGAUGAUGGUUCCGACCCCUUUCGACAGGAGGUGCUGGGGCUGAUGAACCCGCCUUCGCAUGACCUGCCGCACGAUCUGCAGCAUGAUGUAGAACUACUCGCUAAGUACGAGUACGGUAGUCCGUCUGAAGGGAAUUACGAUUUUACUUGA